GGAGCCAUUGAUCAAUCAAUAAUGUGAGUACAGAUGGCCUUGAUACAUCGGAACGAUGCGGAAGUAACAUCGGUCAUUCUGCAUGCUGUCGUAACUCUACAAGGGUUUCUUACAAGUAUCUCUGACUAAGUAUUGCUUUUCAUUCCAUCCUUCUCUUUCCUAUCUCAUACCCCUCGUUGUGAUUUGUAUCGCGGAUAUCAAGACGCAAGGUAGAAAUGUCGUAUCCACCUGUUCCUCUUCCAAAUGGCCAAAACUUCACAGCCACUCUGCACAAAACUACCUACCCCGCAAUCGACUCCGCGACCAAGUCCGACCACAGCAAACACAUAGUUUUCAUAACAGGUGCUUCGAAAGGUGUUGGCAGAGCUACAGCUAUAUCAUUCGCAAAAGCUGGAGCUGAAGGGAUUGCCGUCGGUGCAAGAUCGGAUCUCUCCAUGCUCGAGACAGAAAUCCAAGAGGCAGCAAAGGCGGCAGGAAAGACCUCCCCAAAAGUCUUGCUGAUCAAGCUUGACUUACUCAAUCACCAAAGCGUUAAAGACGCAGUCCAGGAGGUUGAGAAGACUUUCGGGAGAUUGGAUAUCUUGAUCAAUAAUGCGGGAUAUUUAGCAGCCAGUCAAUCAAUAACUGAGUCAGACCAUGAAGACUGGUGGCAGACAUUUGAAGUCAACAUACGUGGGGUAUAUUGGAUGACCCGUGGUUUUCUUCCCUUGAUGCUGAAGGAUGGACUCAAGACAAUUAUCAAUGUAGCCAGUACUGGAGCGAACUCGUUACGACCUGGAGCCAGCGGAUACCAAACCUCGAAGUUCGCAUUAUUGAGAUUGACAGAAUUCGCAAUGACGGAGUACGCAGAACAAGGAUUGCUAGCAUAUAGUGUGCAUCCUGGUGCCGUUAAUACAGAUAUGGCCAAGAAGUUACCGGCAUAUCUUCACGAAGUCUUGAGAGAUGAUCCGGAAGUUGCGGGUGAUUCAAUGUGCUUUUUGUCUCAAGAGAGAAGAGAAUGGUUGGCUGGCAGGUACAUAAAUUGCACCUGGGAUAUUCCAGAGUUUCUGAGCAAAGAACAGGACAUCGUGGAAAAUGACAAGCUGAAGGAGAGGAUGUUAUUCUAGACAAAUCGCCUAUAUAAAAUGACACUCUCUUUGACCAAUUGUACUUGGCGGGCGGUUCUCAGCAUUGAUCAAAGUUGCAAUACCUCGGCAUCUCGAGCUAGUCAUCUAGAAUCAUUGCUUGAAGCUUGCCA